UUCCUUCGUCUUUUCAAUUUUUCCUCAUUUAUUAUUUUUAUUGUAUUAUUAUAAUUUCCCUGAUACUACUUUUUCAUUUGUUAAUAUUUUAUUUUGUAUAUAAAUGAAUUACUAUGUAACUACUAGUGUUAGAAGAGACUACACUAUUAUUUACAACCUUGCUCCUUGAACUUGGUGAAAUUCGAUAAUAAGAACUUAUAAACGUAAACAAUGUCUGAUAAACCAGUGGUAGCAAGUGGUAAUCAACCUAUUGUUAAAAUAGGUCACUAUACAUUAGGAGCUACCUUGGGAGUGGGCACAUUCGGUAAAGUGAAGAUUGGAGAACAUCAACUGACAAAGCACAAGGUCGCAGUUAAAAUUCUUAAUCGACAAAAGAUUAAAUCGUUAGAUGUCGUCGGUAAAAUUAGACGUGAAAUACAGAACCUUAAGCUAUUCCGGCAUCCCCAUAUUAUUAAAUUGUACCAGGUGAUAUCUACACCAACAGAUAUAUUUAUGAUAAUGGAAUAUGUAUCUGGUGGGGAACUUUUUGACUACAUUGUUAAAAGAGGUAAACUUCAAGAACACGAAGCCAGGCGUUUCUUCCAACAAAUCAUAUCAGGUGUAGACUACUGCCAUAGACAUAUGAUUGUUCAUAGAGACUUAAAACCUGAGAAUCUUCUGCUAGAUCAUAAUAUGCAUGUUAAGAUAGCAGAUUUUGGCUUGUCUAAUAUGAUGAUGGAUGGAGAAUUUUUGAGGACAUCCUGUGGAUCACCUAAUUAUGCCGCCCCUGAGGUUAUAUCAGGUAAACUUUAUGCUGGUCCGGAGGUUGAUGUGUGGUCAUGUGGAGUAAUUCUAUAUGCACUACUCUGUGGGACUUUGCCGUUUGACGAUGAACAUGUACCCACAUUGUUCAGAAAAAUCAAGUCAGGAAUUUUCCCCAUACCAGAGUACUUAAAUAAAAGUGUUGUUAGUCUCUUAUGCAACAUGUUACAAGUUGACCCCAUGAAGAGGGCAACUAUCGAAGAUGUCAAAAAACAUGAGUGGUUCCAGAAAGAUCUACCUGGUUAUUUGUUCCCGUCUCCCGUGGAGCAGGUGGACAGCAGCGUGAUCGACACAGAGGCGAUCGCCGAAGUGUGCGACAAGUUCGGCGUACGCGAGAACGAAGUCCACAACGCCUUGCUCAGCGGAGACCCGCACGAUCAGCUCGCCAUAGCCUACCAUCUCAUCAUAGACAACAAGAGAAUCGCAGACGAAGCCGCUAAGGCCGAAAUUAAAGAGUUCUACGUCGCCAGCAGCUCGCCGCCCGCCAGCGCCGACAGCGCGCGCCCGCACCCCGAGCGCAUCGCGCCGCUGCGCGACAAGCCCGCGCCCGCCGCGCAGCCGCAGCACGACAAGCAGAAGGGCACGCCCGUCAAACGAGCAAAGUGGCACCUAGGAAUCCGAUCUCAGAGCAAGCCCAACGACAUCAUGUUGGAAGUAUUUCGUGCUAUGAAAGCACUCGACUACGAGUGGAAAGUCAUCAAUCCUUAUCAUGUCAGAGUUCGCACCUUGAACAAGAUGACACAGAAACACAUCAAAAUGUCGCUCCAACUGUACCAAGUCGACUACAAGUCCUACCUCCUCGACUUCAAAUCUCUUUCAGGCGAGAAGGAGGACACGGAUGAGGAGGCCUCGCCCCUCGCCCCGUCCCCGUCCCCCUCACUCCCUCCGCCGGUUCCCACUCAGCCCCAGGGUCACCACACAAUGGAAUUCUUCGAAAUGUGUGCAGCACUCAUUAUUCAACUAGCUAGGUAAUGUUUUAAAACAAGUUUUCCAUUUGCCUUUAACUUCCUAGUUAAAGGUCGUAGUAACUUCUAGCCAGUCCUUAUCCAAUGUUACAAUUGAAUAGAUGCAUUAUUGGUCGUCGAAUAUGCUUUUUUGUGUAAUAAUGUUGUACUAUUUUUAGAAAAGCUUUAUGACGUCGAUAUUCAUAAACCUUAAAUUCAUACACAACUUGCAGAAGUUUAAUUAGUUAGUUUAGAUAAUAGUGUAACUUGUAAUUGCUCCUGGUCCAUACUUAAAUAAAAUCUCAAGAUAUUGUAUGAAAAUUGUAGGUACAAGAAACAUUUAAAUGCAUAAAAUUUGGUCCCAAAACUGAGUUUCAGUUAUUUUUUAUAAUUUGUACAAAUUGAUUCAAAGCUAUAUACUAUUGACACAGUAGUGUCAUGAUAACUUGUUUAUAAAUAGUAGUCAAUUUAACUUUUUAGAGUAAGUAUAAACCGUUUCGAAAUUAAUCACUUACUUAACAUUCACAGGCUGUUAUAAAAGCAAUAGCACUAGUAUUAUAUAAACAAUUAUUUUGUACAUCCUGUAUCAGAAAAUGUAAAAAAACGCCCCAAAUCGGUCUCAGUAUAAGAACAUUAGAAUUAUUCAAUAAAUGCUUGUUUAUUUCUAAUAAGUAAUACUUUAACAUUAUGCUAGUUCGUUCCCACGAUAUUAAUAAUAAUUCUGUCCUGCUCAUUUUGUUAACAAAAGAAAGAAA